AAAUGUUACUCUGUCAGACAUGCAAAAGAAAUCUAAUGUUUCUCUUGCUCUGGCUACUGUGUAUAGACCACCAGGGCCGUAUACAGAAUUCCUGAAAGAAUUUGCAGAUUUCCUCUCAGACCUUCUAGUUACAGUUGAUAAGGCGCUAAUCAUGGGAGAUUUUAAUAUUCACGUUGAUAAUGCAAAUGAUACAUUAGGACUUGCGUUUACUGACCUAAUAAACUCCUUUGGAGUCAAGCAAAAUGUCACCGGGCCCACUCAUCGUUUUAAUCAUACACUAGAUUUAAUUAUAUCGCAUGGAAUCGAUCUUACUGCUAUAGAUAUUGUACCUCAAAGUGAUGAUAUUACAGACCAUUUCCUUGUAUCGUGCAUGCUGCGUAUAACUGAUAUUAACUAUAUGUCGCAGCGUUACCGUCUGGGCAGAACUAUUGUUCCAGCCACCAAAGAAAGAUUCGCAAAUAACCUGCCUGAUCUAUCUCAACUGCUAAUUGUACCCAAAAAUACACACGAAUUAGACGAAAUUACUGACAACAUGGGCACUAUUUUCUCUAAUACAUUAGAAGCUGUUGCCCCAAUCAAAUUGAAAAAAGUUAGAGAAAAACGUACUGUACCAUGGUAUAACAGUAAUACUCACUCUCUCAAGAAAUUAACUCGUAGUCUUGAACGCAAAUGGAGAAAAACUAACUCAGAAGUUUUUAGAAUUGCAUGGAAAAACAGUAUGUCUAGCUAUAGACAGGCUCUAAAAACUGCUAGGGCAGAGCAUAUACACAAACUCAUUGAAAAUAACCAAAACAAUCCUAGGUUUUUAUUUAGCACAGUGGCUAAGUUAACAAAUUACCAGAUGCCACCUGAUUCAAAUAUUCCACCAACGUUAAAUAGUAAUGACUUUAUGAAUUUCUUCACUGAUAAAAUAGAUAACAUUAGAAAUACAAUAGCGAAUGUAGAUUCUACAGCGUCUAACACUUCAGUUUCAUCCAUCGCACCCAAAGAUAAACUGCAGUGCUUUACAACCAUAGGACAGGAAGAGCUAAAUAAACUUAUCACUGUAUCUAAACCAACAACAUGUUUAUUAGAUCCUGUACCCUCAAAAUUACUGAAAGAGCUGUUACCUGUAGCAGAAGAAACGCUUCUCAAUAUCAUAAACUCGUCGUUAACUUUAGGACACGUCCCAAAACCAUUCAAGCUGGCGGUUAUCAAGCCUCUUAUUAAGAAACCAAAACUAGAUCCUAGUGUACUGGAAAUUAUAGGCCUAUUUCAAAUCUUCCAUUUAUGUCUAAAAUUUUAGAGAAAGUUGUGUCUGCUCAAUUGAGCACCUUCCUGCAUAAAAAUGAUAUGUAUGAAGAAUUUCAGUCAGGUUUUAGGCCCCACCAUAGCACAGAAACUGCACUUGUUAAAAUUACAAAUGACCUGCUCCUUGCGUCAGACCAAGGCUGCAUCUCAUUUCUAGUCUUACUUGAUCUUAGUGCUGCGUUCGACACCAUAGAUCAUGACAUACUCAUAGAUCGAUUACAAAACUAUACAGGUAUUCAAGGGCAGGCUCUAAGAUGCUAGAUCCUACCUGUCCGAUCGCUACCAUUUUGUUUACUUAAAUAGGGAGUCAUCUCAUUUAUCAUCAGUAAAAUAUGGAGUGCCACAAGGAUCCGUCCUAGGUCCCCUUCUAUUUUCAAUAUACAUGUUGCCCCUUGGUAAUAUUAUUAGAAAAUACGGAAUUAGCUUUCACUGUUAUGCUGAUGAUACUCAGCUAUAUAUCUCAACGAGACCAGAUGAAACUUCCCAAUUAUCUAAGCUAACAGAGUGUGUUAAAAAUGUAAAAGAUUGGAUGACAAAUAAUUUUCUCCAAUUAAAUUCGGAUAAGACAGAGAUACUAAUUAUUGGACCAAAAAACACUACACAGAAUCUUGUAGAUUACAAUCUGCAACUAGACGGAUAUACUGUUACUUCCUCUACAGUCAGAAAUCUGGGUGUUAUAUUAGACAGUAAUUUGUCUUUUGAAAAUCAUAUUUCCAAUGUUACAAAAUCUGCAUUCUUCCAUCUUAGAAACAUUGCCAAGCUACGAAACAUGGUAUCUGUUUCUGAUGCAGAAAAGCUAGUUCAUGCAUUCAUGACCUCUAGACUGGACUAUUGUAAUGCACUUCUAGGUGGUUGUCCUGCUUCUUCAAUAAACAAGCUACAGGUAGUAGCAAGUCCUUACCAGGUCAAGAAAAUAUGAUCAUAUUACCCCAAUUUUACAGUCUCUGCACUGGCUACCUAUUAAGUUCCGUAUCAGUUACAAAUUAUCAUUACUUCCCUAUAAGGCCCUAAAUGGUUUAGAUCCUGCGUACCUAACUAGCCUUCUACCACGCUACAACCCAUCACGCACCCUAAGGUCACAAAACGCUGGACUUUUGGUAGUUCCUAGGAUAGCAAAGUCCACUAAAGGAGGUAGAGCUUUCUCACAUUUGGCUCCCAAACUCUGGAAUAGCCUUCCUGAUAAUGUUCGGGGUUCAGACACACUCUCUCUGUUUAAAUCUAGAUUAAAAACGCAUCUCUUUCGCCAAGCAUUCG